AUGAUACCUCAAAUGAAGAAGCAGCACGUUCUUCUGACAGGCGCGAAUGGCUUUGCGGCAUCUCAUAUUUUGUCUAAUUUACUUGAGCGUGGAUAUGCCGUCACUGCAACUGUCCGGUCACAGGAGAAAGCAGCAGCCAUUAUCAGAUCACACCCAUCUUGGGAGGGUAGAGUAAAGUUUGUAAUAGUUCCUGACUUUACCAAAAGCCAGCCAUUCGAUGAAGUAUUUAAGAGUGCGGAAGUACCUUUCGCCUUCGUGAUUCACACAGCGUCACCGGUCACGCUCCAAGCGGAGGACAUGCAGAAGCUUGUAAUUGAGACUGCUGUAUUAAGUGUCACUAAGAUCCUCGGAAGUGCUCACCGACAUGGUGGAAUGGACCUGAAGCGGUUCGUCCUUCUGGGUAGUGCUGUUAUAGUCUUGAAUUCAUUUGAGGAUCCCGCGCGACCAGGACCUCCAUACACAGAAGAGGAGUGGAACCCUGUGAGGAUAUGGCAUCGACAAUUUCCGGCAGCACUUGAGUGUGGCGAUGGCGUCUUAGGAUAUAUGGUCUCUAAGGUGCAGGCGGAAAGAGCAGCUUGGGAGUUUAUGAAAAUGAACUCCCCUGCGUUUGAGCUCACAUUGAUGAACCCACACAUCAUCACAGGACCAAUGAUUCAUCCGAUCUCGGGGAUGAGCUCUAUCAAUGCAACGAACUAUUUUGUGAUUGCGAAGUUUAUCGACAGCGUCCACAAAGAUGAGCUCAAGGAUAUGCGCUUUCCAUUUUACCACUUCGUGGAUGUCCGUGACGUUGCCAGAAGCCAUGUAGAUGCUUUGACGAACCCUGCAGCAGCUGGUCGACGAGUUUAUCUUAUUUCCGAACUCACGACACCCCAACUGGUACUCAAUAUUAUUCGGAAACAUUUUCCGUCCCUCAGAGAAAGAGUACCGGAAGGCAAUCCUGCACAAACUCUGCCUGAUGGGGUCCAUCCAACUGGAUGGGAUACGCGCAUUAGCCAGGACAUCUUGGCCAAGGGAGCUGUCGACGGGCAAUGGGGCUAUAUUAGUCUUGAGAAAAGUGUUCUUGAUACGGUUCAGUUUAUGAUUGAUAACAAUCUAAUAUAA